AAAAGCGAGAUUUUACUAGUAAAUAUUUUUAUCAAUUCUUCACUAUUUAAUUUAAUUCUACCUUAAUUAACCUAGUUAUAAUACAUUUUACCUUACCAAAUAAUGGACCACGACAAGAUAAUUGUGUCAGUCACCAAAGACGAAUUGAUAUUAAACUCAUAUAGAGCAACUAGGAGGGAAUGUGGCGACUUAGAGAACCUGAUUGUUGCAUUAAAAGACUCAAAUGAGCAUGUCAAGAAUAUAGCAUUAAACAAGCUAGAUGUAAUUGGAGAACAAAUCAAAUUUCUUCAGAAUCAAGCAAAGGAGAUAUUGGAAGAGGCAGCAAGGAACAGUGAAUUACAUAAGAUUCCAUGUAAUUUCAUCAAAGUUCCAGGAACAAUCUAUCAUUUAUACCAGAGACCACAGAAUGACGAGAAGAUCUGGUCUAUGAUUUCUCCACAAGAAUUUGGAACUAGCUGUAAAAACACUUAUCUAGGUAGUUACAGAAUCGAACCAGACAAGAGCUUUACCCCAGUUGAUAGCUUAGAUGAAUACGCUGAAAAGCGUGAGUUUGCUGAAUCAUUAAUUCAAAGUAGAUCAAAAAUCUUGCCAGCUUUAGAGUUCAUGACUAAGAAGGAACGAAAAGACAGCGAAAUUGAAAGCUAAGACUGCCCCAAAAAAUAGCAUAAUGAAAUUUUUAUGUAAGUGAGAGAAUAAUUUUAUAUAUAACAUUAAAG